CGUUCCCGACGGAGUCGACGUUGGCUCUCUUUCCUGUUAAGCCACGGGCAGGUCGGGGAAACUCUGCGUCCUGGCGGGGAGAACAUCACUGGGAAGGUCGGGCCAGGCGCAGGAAGCCUCGCCAGAACCCCCAGUGCUGUAUCCGCAUUUUGUAGGGAAGGUUUGCUGGGACCCUGGCCCCACCCAGUCAGCAGAAUGUCAGCCACGCUGGAUCUGAAAUCGAAGGAGGAGAAGGAUGCCGAAUUGGACAAGAGGAUCGAGGCUCUUCGACGGAAGAAUGAGGCCCUCAUCCGGCGCUACCAGGAGAUCGAGGAGGAUCGGAAAAAAGCUGAACUGGAGGGCGUCGCCGUGACAGCUCCCCGGAAGGGCCGCUCCCUGGAGAAGGAGAAUGUGGCAGUUGAUGUGGAGAAGAACCAGGGUCCUUUCCGGAGGGCUCCUGGGACCCCUCGCCCCCCGGGGACCCCUCGGCCCCCGGGGACCAGCAGGGGAGGAGGCCGGACUCCCCCGCAGCAGGGAGGCCGGGCAGGCAUGGGCCGGGCCUCCCGCACCUGGGAGGACAGUCCUGGGGAGCAGCCUCGAGGAGGAGCUGGUGGCCGCGGCCGGAGGGGCCGGGGCAGAGGGUCCCCUCAUCUCUCUGGAGCUGGAGAUACCUCUGCUGCCGACCGCAAGUCCAAGGAGUGGGAGGAGCGGCGCAAGCAGAACAUCGAGAAGAUGAACGAAGAGAUGGAGAAGAUUGCGGAGUAUGAGCGCAACCAGCGGGAAGGCGUGCUGGAGCCCAACCCGGUGCGGAACUUCCUGGACGACCCCCGGCGGCGCGGCGGGCCCCUGGAGGAGCCAGAGCGGGACCGCCGGGAGGGCAGCCGCAGGCACGGGCGCAACUGGGGGGGCUCGGACUUUGAGCGCGUGCGCUGCGGCCUGGAGCAGGAGCGGCAGGGCCGCCGGGCUGGCCUGGGCGGUGCCAGUGACAUGACACUCUCCAUGACGGGCCGGGAGCGGGCAGAGUACCUGCGCUGGAAGCAGGAGAGGGAGAAGAUCGACCAGGAGCGGCUGCAGAGACACCGCGAGCCCACGGGCCAGUGGCGGCGGGAGUGGGACGCUGAGAAGACCGAGGGGAUGUUCAAGGAUGGUCCAGCCGCUGCCCUUGAACCAUCUCACCGCUAUGAUGACCAGGCCUGGGCCCGGCCCCCCAAGCCCCCCACUUUCAGGGAGUUCCUGUCCCAGCACAAAGCCGAGGUCAGCCGCAGGAAGAGGAGGAGCAGCCGACCCCAGGCCAAGGCAGUCGCCCGUGCCUACAGUGACCACGAUGACCGCUGGGAGACCAAGGAAGCAGAGUCCCCAGCCCCCGAGGCCCCACAGCCCACUCCCCCCGAGGAGACGCCCACACAGCUGCCUGAGACCCCAGCGCCUGCCCACCGGCCUCCUGAGGACCAAGGGGAGGAGGACCAGGGGGAGGAGGACCAGGGGGAGGAAGACGAGGAGGAGGAGGACGAAGGGGAGGAUGAGGAAUGGGAAGAUGUGAGUGAGGGCGAGGAGGAGAUUGAAGAGGAAGAAGAGGCUGAUGACGAGGAGGAAGAGGAGGAGGAGGAAGAACCAGCCCAAGACCACCAACCCCAAGAAUCUGAGCCCCCUGGGAGCGCCAGCAGUGAGCAGGCCAACAAAGAGCCCUCCAGCCCCGAGGAGCCGCGCCCCCAGUCCCCGGCCACACCGUCCAGCCCCUUCUCACCCCCUGGGGGCCACCAGCCCGUGUCUGACUGGGGUGAAGAGAUGGAGCUGAAUUCUCCCCGGACCGCCCACCCGGCUGAUGCUCUCUCUCCGGGAGGUGACCAGCCAGCCCCUGCCUCCUUGGAGAGCGGGCCCAGCCUCCCAGGAACCCAGAAAGCUGAAGAGGAGGGGUCCGAGGCGGCUCCAGGUGGGGGAGCGGUGGGCCCCGGAGAGGGAGGCCCCGAGGGCCAGGAGACGGCGGAGAUCACCGACUUCCAGAUGGCCUCCCCGAAUUCCUGAAGACGCGGCUGGGUGGGCCGAAGCUUCCCUGCCUUGAUGGGUGGGGCGGCCGGAGGGGUUAGUCUGGCCGACCUGGCUGUGCGCCCCCCUGGAGCCACUGUGGACCCCUGGCUUAGGGAGAGGGAGAGAUGGAAGGUGGUGGGGGAGGAGCUGGGGAAGGGGCGUGAGUGGGGGGUGGGGUUGAGCUGCAACCUGGGACACACGUGGAGGAGAUUGGUCUGUGUGGGGCCUGGUUCGGGUUUCCGGGAGGCCAGAAUCCCGGUGGGCGGGGUGAGAACGGGAACGCGUUAGGAUGCGAGGGGGCCCAGAGCCGGUUUAGAUGGGAGUUCCUAACUGGUGGGGGAGCGCAGCCACCUCGGGGAAGCAGUGGUUAGAAUUCGGUGCUGGAGCGAGUGGAGUGCGGAGAGAAAAGCGAUGGAGCCUGGACUAGAGAGGAAGCCAGGGCCAGAGGAGGACAGAAUCGAAUGCUGGAGUGUAGUCUGAUUCCGAGGAAAUUAAGCUGGAACUGGGGCUUGCGACGCCUGAGCCAGGCAAGGGGGCGAGGCUUGGGGAGAGGCUAGACGCCAGGAAGAAGUCUGAGCCCCUUAAAGGGGAGAGGGUUAGGGCGCGGGAGGAGCUAAGCGCUGGGGCGGCCUCGCGCGUGGGUAGCCCUGGCUGGUGGGCGUCCUCCCGUGCACCCUUCCGCGUCAGGGCACCUGCCCGGGUUGGGCUCUGUCCCCCAGCAGGGGGCGUGCAGGAGGCAGCCGAUC